AUGGCCAUGGCGCCAACCUUUGCAGACGUCCUACCCGUCAAGCAACUCUCUUCGCACAAAUACACCGUAUCCCUGGAGAACGAAUGGUGUAUAGGAACAGUCCCCAAUGGCGGCUAUGUCACCUCUGCGUUCCUCGUCGUCGCCCGAACACACAUGUCCCUCACCCACCGCACCCGCUCCGAACCACAUCCCAUAAACCUACAUCUAGAAUUCCUGCGGCGCACCUCCGUUGGCCCGGCGCUGUUUACAGUGAAGGACGUCAAACUCGGGGCGCGCAUUAGCAAUCUACACAUCACGCUCUCGCAGCAACAAGACCACAACGGAGAAUGGCAAGAUGAAGCAGAAGGAUACAUCAUGAUGAGCAACCUCAGCACCGAAUCGGGGUUGAGCCUAGACACAGCUUAUGAGCCAUACCCGCGCGUGCUUCCGGCCGACCUCGCAUUGUUGGGCUCACAGGGCCAGGACGCAAACUAUACCUUACGAUCGAAGGAUCCGUUUCCCCAGUUCAGACGCGCCGCCCAGAACAUCCAGAUGUUCCUGGUCCGUCCAGACCGGAAGCCUGUAGGGCGGCCCAAGGCAAUCAACGAUCAAUGGGUUCGCUUUGCCCCCGGCGGAAAGGUCGCAAAUGGUCGCUGGACCACCGACGCUUUGGGGUUUGUUGUCGAUAUGUUCCCUCAGAUCGUGGAGAGCUACGUCAACCCCUUCGUCGAAGAGGCGGCGUUGGGCCAGCACUCCGAAACCGAGUUGCAGGAUUAUCUGCGGUCCAGUGAGCCCCGUGCCAAAUACUGGUAUCCUACGCUCGCGCUGAAUCUGGAUGUCAAGAAACUCUUACCUCCUGAAGGAGUCGAGUGGUUGUUCGUCCGGGUUAAGGCCAAGGCUAUCAGGAAUGGAAGGUUCGAUCUUGAUGUUGAAGUCUGGGACGUUGAUAAUGAGCUGGUCGCCACGAGUUGCCACGCCAGUCUGGUUGUCGAUGCGUCAAGGAACACUACUCGAAAGGGGAAAAGUGCGAAAUUAUAG